AUGUCACCUCGAUUCUUCACUUUCUUGGGGAUCAUUUCUCUCGCUGGUCUCAUCGUCGGUAUUGUUGGCGCUGUUCUGGCUGUCGAGGACUCUGUCGGAAUCUCAUACAGCAACAACAGCCAAGAUGCAGGCUGUAUCCAGACGUUCCAUGCAUAUCACUCACAAGAAAGGCGGAAAGUUCUCGGCCAUGAGAUUUAUGUUAUUGCUGCUGUCGGUGCUGCGCUGCCUUUCCUACUGAUACGCGUCAUUUACGCUUCGAUCGCUGACUAUGGCAUUAAUCUGGAUUUUAACUUUUACGACGGCAAUGUGACCAUUUACCUGUGUAUGGGAGUUCUUGUCGAGAUUAUUGUUACUACGAUAUGUCUCGCUGUCGGCUUCCUUGUGCCACUUAUGCCCGUGGAUGAAGCCAUACCUAAGCGCAAUCGAUCACGCCAACACAAUAGAGAGGUCGUCGUCGGAUCUGAGGCGUAA